AAGCAUUGGUGUUCGGAUGGGAGACGCGACGCGUAAACGUCACUUUGAGCUCACUGAGUUCUAUGUUUUACCUCACUUUCCUUAUUCUGAUAUUGGUUUGUUCUUGUCCUUAUUGAACUCAGUUGGGGUGGAUUGUAUCAAUGACACGCACAGAGUUUACACCUCCUUCGUUGCCAGGGCACUCGCUCUCACAUACGUACUAUACACCAAUUCCGGAUGCGAUUGCGUCUCAACCUCAGGAACCUGUAAGAUUAGGAGUAGACGAAGCUGGACGUGGACCAGUCCUUGGACCGAUGGUGUAUGGUGUGAGUUAUUGUCUUGCUUCGUACGAGCCUCAGUUGAAGGCGGAAUAUGGAUUUGCAGAUUCCAAGACUCUUAGUGAGGAAAAGAGAAGUUCACUGCUAGAGAUGAUGUGUUUGCACGAGCACGAUCUGAGGCAGAACGUUGGAUGGGCAAUUAGAAGUCUGAGUGCGUUGGAUAUAAGUGCCGGUAUGCUUCGUUAUAUCGAGGGCUCGCUGUCCAACUACAACUUGAACGAACAGGCACACGAUGCCACGAUGGACCUCAUUCAAGGCGUACUGGACCUUGGUGUUAACGUCGCAGAGGUUUACGUCGACACAGUGGGGCCACCUAUGAGCUACCAGGCAAAACUACAGAAACGAUUCCCACAGUUGAAGAUCACUGUUGCGAAGAAAGCAGAUGCGCUGUACCCCGUUGUCAGUGCCGCAUCGAUCUGUGCAAAGGUCACGAGAGAUUUCUCACUGUUGUGGACGAAGAAGGAACUAUACGGGGACUGUCAUGACGACGUACAAUGGGGCUCUGGGUACCCAUCGGAUCCCAAAACCAAGAAGUGGUUAGUUGAGGACGUUGACAAGCUAUUUGGAUGGGGGUCGGUGGUGAGGUUUUCAUGGGGGACCGCUAAGGAGGCCCUUAUUGGACAGAACUGUUAUAAACUUGAGUGGGAGGAGGAUAAUACCAAGUUUGACUAUGACGUUACCAAGAUGGGCAAGGCUGAUGCGGAAUUGAACAUGGAGUGGUACUCCAAGAGCUGUGUAUACUUUUAAUCUGACCUACACCUAGACACCUAGACACCCAAACACCACAACACCUAGACACCCAAUAGACACCCAAACACCCAAACACCCCAUCCCUCCCCCCACUCCGGCGCACGAUCUUCCAUU